UUUCCAAUAUGGCCGACAGUGUCGAAUGGAUUUUCUCGCGGUUUAUUUUCUCGAGAUUCCUUUGUAGUUGAGUUAUUUGCUAGGAAAAUACGUUGCCUUACUAUAUUAUGUAAGUCAAUGUGUGUAACAACAAACACUGUGUAUCCUGAAGAUGCCCGAUAACUCUGUGUCUGAAACGAAAAAAGGAGUCGAAAAAUCUAGAUUUUCGCUGUCUCUUAAUAGAAAUAAUGCAACAUAUCUGAGCGACGGAAACACCAAACUAGAGGGCUCGAAAAAAAAUUCUGCGCCUUGUAAAUUAUCGAAUAAAGAUAAUAAGGAGAAUAAACCACUGAAGCGUCCGUUUACGAGCACGUACUUCAACACUUUGCACGCCGCAAAAAAGCUAAAACCCCUCAGUGGAGCAUCACAAACUACAGAAAGAGAAGAACCUGAAGUGAUAAUAAGAAAGGACACUUCGACUCUUACCAACUUUGCCAUGUUGAAUGGCCACCACCAACCGGACAGUCAGUAUGGCGGGAGUACGCCUAGGAAACAACCUAUUGCGACCCUCUCCAACUUGGGAAAUACUUGCUUUCUCAACAGUGUUCUGUAUACUUUGCGGUAUGCUCCCCGAUUCCUCCACAACCUCCACCACUUAGUCUCAGACCUGGCUAGUGUAGAACAAAAGCUUGGAAGUAUCAGAUUGAAGAGUUCAUCUUUAGGCCGGAGUGCAGCUGGCCUUGCCUCAUCUGGAACAAGAUCGUGGAGUAGCAAAGACCUAUUGUCUUUGGGACAAUCUGAUAAUAGCAGUGGAAAGAGCAAAAUUCAGAUAGCUACAGAGAAACUCCACGAAACAUAUUUUAAUCUGCGAGCAGCAGAAAGCAAGUGCCUGAACAGCAGUUCCGCGGACGCUAGUCCGGAGCCCUACGCCGCGGACGCCUUCUUUGCAGCGCUUAGGGACGUCAACUCUACUUUUGAAGGUAAUCGUCAGCAAGACGCACAUGAGCUGCUGGUUUGUAUUCUGGACAACAUCCGCGAGACGUGUCGCGCGCUUAGCGCACGCGCAAGUCGUUUGCAGCUACAAGAGAACGGAGACAGCAACGGCAUCGCUCGCCAACCGAGCUUAGAUGGUGACAGCGGUAAGCAGACACUAGGCAACCUUCGUAAGUCGUGGAAGAAACGCAAAGAGGUGAAGGACAAGCGAGCCUCGCCAACUGAGGAUCGGGCGCCGUCGCCUGCGCCGAGAGACGAGCGCUCCAGGCCAGGGUGGGAUUUUGUUGCUGAUGACUUUGAAGGCACGAUGGUGGUGCGCACGAUGUGCAUGGAGUGCGAGUUCGUGACGGAACGGUCGCAGGCGGUGUGCGAGUUGUGCGUGCCCGUCACCGACGAGGACGGAUCGCCCGACGAGCCCUUCCGUGCCGCUUGUCUUACCAGCGAGUUCUUGCGCGACCAGAACAAGUAUUGGUGCGAGCGUUGCCUACGCUACAAUGAAGCGCGACGCAGCGUGGCAUACUCGCGGCUGCCGCGGCUGCUGGUGCUGCAGCUGAAGCGCUUCAGCGGCGGCAUGGAGAAGAUCACGCGUCACGCACCGACGCCGCUUCUCAUGCCCUGCUUCUGCGACUUGUGUGUCAAUCGACCCGCCGACCAACCGUCCACUCACAGAUACAUCCUCUGGGCGGUGAUCAUGCACCUGGGGCAGACGCUGACUGGCGGGCACUACGUGGCGUACGCGCGUGACGGCUGCGCCGGCGAGGAGGGCAAGUGCACGCGCGCAGGCGCCGGCGACGCCACGGCCAACACGUCCUCCUUCCUGCGGCUGUUCAACCGGCCGCGGCCGUCGCCCGCCGGCUGCGCGGCCAAGGACUGCUGCGUGCCCCGCCCGCGCAGCGCCACCUGGCUGGCCUGUGACGACGAGCUCGUCAAGCCCAUCUCCAACGAGGAGUUCGAGGACCUCCUUUCCGCCGAGCCCAAACUCCGCUCCGCCGCCACGCCGUACCUUCUAUUCUACGUCAAAAGCGAGGUCGGCUAGUGACGCGCCGUGUCGGCUCCGCUCGUGGUCUAUCGAGCGAUCGUCCGACGGUUGCGAUCGAGCGGUAUCGUUUAAAUGGGAGAUACCAUUGUAAACGGUUAGAUAUUUAUAUGAUUGGGAUGGCUAUACGGCGUGGUAAUGGUAGCUUUCAUUGCGCGUUUUCCUGAAGGUUAGUCGUGGUGGCAUCGUCCGCGCGACGACUCAAGCUCGCUCACUCGCUACCCGUUCGGCACCGUAACCGGGUAGCGUCGAGGGUGCCUAAGUUGCGGCGCGGAAACUGCAGUGUCGUUCGUCUUCUGUUAGAUGCUUAAAAGACAUUACUCUAGUUGUAGGCACAGAUGUGUGUCGGCCUCAAGUGAUAUUAUAAAUGUAGCUAAAAUAUAUAUUUUAGGAUAUAGAAAUUGAUCAAAAUAUAUUGUAAAGUUUAUAAUAUAGAGCAUUUCACAAUAUUUUCACUUGUUACAACUGACAAUAUGGACACAAACAUAAUUAUAUAAAUAGAAAAGUAUAAACUUCAAUUAUAUACUCAUGUAUAUUGAAUAUAACGUACAUUUGCAUUGAGAUGAUGGUAUAUUGUAUAGUCAAAUGAAUAUUGCUGAAUUUCACAAAAUAUUGGCCUAAAAUAUUCUAUAUUGUCUGUUUGUGAAAUACAUAAUAGCUUCUAUUUAUUGCCAUUAAACUGUCGCAGUUAAAUAUCUGUAUUUGCCGUUAUUGGAGACAUUGUAGUUAAAAUAAUUCGCACAUUGUUAUAACGUUGAAUGCACCAAUCGUCAAAAUGUAGGAACACUGAAUUUAUAUUCCUAAACAAACAUAAUCAAUUUUUAUUAAUAAAAAAAAGGUUAAAUAAUUCGUAAUGAACAGUUCAAAAAUGUAACAAUAAUGUACCUCGUAUAUUUAAAAAUUAUUUUCAUAGCUUCAAAGAUAUAUUAAUGAAUAUUCUGAAAUCAUAUUUUAGUACCUGCGAGACCAAUAUGUGUACUCUUGUAGCAGAUAGUUUAACAAAAUGUAUUGUCGCUUUCAAUCUAUAUUAGAGUUUACCAUCGAAUUUUUACUACAAAGUAAUACUAGACGCUUAAUUGUGUAUAUUACUGGAUAUUGUACAAUUGUAUUAUUGAAAAAGCUUGUACCAUUAUUGUAACAUCUCAUCAGUGAUAUUCUCCAACGAGAGGUUAGUUGUCCUUACCUGCAGGUUAGCCGCGUAAGGAGAAAGCCUAGUGACCAAUGUUCUGAUUCAGUCUUGCCGUUUAAAACACUUUCUCUGAAACUGUCAAACUACACAGAGCAACAUUUUCAAAAGUUUGUACUAAUUAUCUGUUAUUUUGACAAUCUGUCAAAAGUUGAAAUGGCAACACUAAGCCGACUAGUCGAGUGAUGUCAUGAUAAUGGUAGCAAAAUUCAUUUUAUAUAUAAAGUCGGACUUUUUUUAACUGUUCCGUCAUAUGGCAAGGGUUCAAUUCUUGUCGGCUCGUAGCCUAAUUUUACCGCAAAUUAUCUUUGCCAGUAAUGAGUACACAAUUAAGUACCAGAACGCACAUUAUUUAGAUUUUAUGUAGAAAUAAAACGGGUGGCGGUUAUAAGAACUCCCAUGAACAAUAAAGGCCAGCAAUGACACAAAUGGGCAAAGUAUUUGAACUUUUAUAUACAUAUGUAUGUAGUUAGUUUGUUUACCCUGAACCAGAACUGAUUGGUUCAACUUUCUUUAUUGUUAGAAUUGAAAAUUGUUAGUUCAAAUAACCGCAGCUCUUCAUUGAGACUACAACGAUUAUGCUUGCUACCAACGACUGCUUUUAUUUACAUUUUAAUACUAUAUAUUUAUGAAAUAUUGCUAUUGUUAAGAUUAGCUUUUUGCUGUGGAGAUUAUUGACAAAUUUUCUAUGGCAACACAACUCAAACGUUCAAUGUAAAGUAAUAAAUAGAGAUUGUGUAACAUGUAAAGCUAACAUUUUAUGGAAGAGAAAACAAAUAUUAUGCCUAUAUAUCGCUCUCUCUGUCUCUCUCUCAAAUGAUUGUGAUUGUAGAGGUAGAUCUAGAGAGAAGUAAUAUAACUUCCCUUUAUACAGUCACAACAAUCUGACCUUCCAUAAUUUAAUUCUUUACAAGGCUCAGUUUUCUUUGCCUUUAUCAGUAUACAGUGAUGAUUUACAUCGAAUUGCCGUUUCCAUGACUCACAAUUCCAAUUCGUCGCGUUUAAAAAUAGUUUUCUGGUCUCAGAGAGUAAAUUGAAAUAUUUUAGAACCAUUUUAAUUUUGAGAAUUAUUAUCAUUCUAUUGUACAAACAGUAUUACUGCAAAAUACUCAAAAAUUGCUACCGUACAACACGUAGCUCUAAAACGAGACAACUUGGUUAUUAACAUCUUUUUUUAUAUGAUAUUUUGUGCAUCUCAACACAUGACAUGCCUUGAUGUCAUCAGUAUAUUAUAUAAUAAAUAGUUCAGUACAAUAUUCUGAGCUUAAUAAGCAUCCUGUUUUUUUAUCAAAAAUGCCCAAAAUGAUGAUCAAGUAGCCCUGUUUUACGGUACAUUCUGUAUACGAAUCAUCGUAUGACCAACAUGUUAUUUAUACAAAUUAUAAUUUUAAAACUUCUUUUUCCUUCCUCAUUUUAUUCAUGUAAUUUUUAGAUCGGUGUAAAUUUGUUGCGUAUUGCCAUUCCAAGACCUUUGAAAAAGGCGAAUUUCUUGUCAGUAGAUAUACGAGUUUUAUGUUAUUAUAUCGAACAAAAUGUUAUGAUUUUAAAUAUGACUUGGAUUGGAGAAAUAAAAAUAA